UCGGGUCUGAAAGAGGGAAAUUUGGGUUCUGGUUUGGAGGUUUUGUUGACAAUUAGGGUUUUCGAAGCAAUGCUCGGAGAUUCACUUCAUUCACUGCGUUGCUUCGUGAAGUUGUUGAUCGAUUUGAUGCGACGAGCUGGCUGGGAUUUGGAGGAAGCGGCUAAUUCUGUCCAUCCGCAAGUGAAUUACGCGAAAAAGGGCCAUUUUCGGUACGCGUUUUUGUCAUAUAUCUGCUUGGGAAUGUGUCAGAAUUUCGAUAAACCUCAUUUCGGAUUACACGGCAGUGAAGCUAUGUGUAAUGAAAAUGGUACAAUCGAAAACAACAACAAUAGUUAUCUGAGGCAAUUAAUCGAACACGUUGCGAGCAAUCCGAUGGAGAUCCUGAGCAAGAAUCCAAAAUGCGAGUUCUCUCAGUUCUGCGAGAAAAAGUACGAGGAACUCAUUCACCCAACAAUGGAGUCAUCGAUUUUCAGCGGUUUAGAUAGAAAGGAGAAAGUAUUGGAUUCAUGGAAGUCAUUGACCGUGUUUUACGAGUCGUUUGUUCGAAUGGCAAGUUCGAUUUGGCUACUCCACAAGCUGGCAUAUUCGUUCAAUCCAACGGUUGAGAUAUUUCAGGUGGAGAAAGGAGUCGAAUUCUCGAUUGUCUACAUGGAGGAUGUCUUGAGGAAACCUAGUUUCCCACGAAAAACGAGGCCGAGAGUGGGAUUCACAGUUGUGCCUGGAUUCAGAAUCGGCAAGACAAUUAUCCAAUCACAGGUUUAUCUCACCGACUCAGAAACUUACUCAGUAGCGUGAUACGUCGUAAUAUCCGAGUUGUUAAUUACCAUACGUGCUUGCUCUGCUUUUCAAGAUUAAUUAGCCAUAGUUAUGUUCAGUGUGAAUAAUCGAUUAAUUUCGCUCAUAGAUGUUUUUUUUACUUACUUUCUUCGAGUUUCUAUAGGUUCUUGUUAAUACUUGUAAAGACAAGAAAACGCAAUGUAAUGAUUUUUCGUAUUCGGCACAUGUUGUUUUCUUGAGAGGGGUUCGAGGGGUGGGUGAGAUUGACCAAUAAAAGUUCAAACUUUUAUGUAGCUCA